AUGGUCAAGCCGCCACAUGAGCGUAACAAGAAUAAGUACUAUCACUUUCAUCAAGAUCCCAGUCACAAUACCGAAGAGUGCAAACAGUUGAAAGACGAGAUUGAGGCUCUCAUCCAAAGAGGACGCCUGGGUCAAUUCGUCAAGAAAGAAGGAAACGAGCACAGGCUGGAUUAUCGUGCUCGGGAGCCAGAAGAAAAACAAAGGUCAUCCCUGCAAGCUGAUAAAGGAGAACUCCCCCGAGGAAAGCCCCAUGCCAAGAAUGUGCCCUUAAGGGAGAUAACUACCAUAUUUGGCGGGCCUAGAAGGGGAGGAGAAACCUCGAAUUCCCGAAAGCAGCAUGCUCAGAGUGUAUUGCAAGUCAAACCCACGGUCAAAAGAAGGAGAACGGGUUAUCCCAAAACCUUCUCCGAUGAAGAUCUGGUGGAUAUUCAGACCCCCCAUGAUGAUGCCUUAGUGAUCAAGAUGGUUAUAGCCAAUUGCACAGUGGGAAGGAUCCUGGUAAAUAAUGGGAGCUCAGUUGACAUCCUCUACUAUGAUGCCUUUGAAAAGAUGCUCCUGAAACCCGAGAUGUUAAAAAGAGUGGAGUCUCCCCUAUACGGUUUCAAUGGGGCCCCAGUACACAUGGAAGGAUCGAGGGAGCAACUGGUUACUGUGGGGAUAGAACCUAAACUCUCUACGGUGAUGAUGAACUUCCUGAUAGUAAAGGUGAAUUCCACACACAAUGGGAUAUUAGGGUGGCCAGGACUCAAUGCACUACAGGCGGUGGUUUCCACACCACACCUAAUUAUGAAAUUCCCAACUGAACAUGGGGUGGGAGAAUGUCGAGCAAGCCAAGUGGCAGCCUGA